UUUUCUCAUGUUGAGGAUUCUUCAAAGAAAUUAGUCCUCAUAGUUGUCCUUAUAAAGAAAGACCUCACCAGAUCCUGAAUGAUAGAGCACAGUAAUAAUGAAACAUGGACAAAUCACCCAGAAUCUUUUUCAUGAGAAAACUGUCAAAGUUGAUGCGAGUGCAGCCGAGCUCAACUAACAACACUGUGUUUACAGAUGUUGUUCUCUGUACGUGUGUGUGUGUUGGUGUUAUGCCCUCUGCCCAGCCUGCUGCUUCUGGUAGUGAUUAGGUGGGUGAGUAUAAAGCAGAUGCAGUGUGUUUAUGAGCUGCAGAGGGGCUUCAGUAUGGGAGCGUUAACAGUGCUGGGGCUGCAGCUAUGUCUGCUUACCUUCAGUCUCGGGGCAAAAGUCUUCCCUGUAUGGUCAGUUUCUGACACUGAGAACCAAGAAGACAACAGUAUGUUCCGUCCCCCUGAUUUGGAGACUGGAUAUGGAGAACUGCAUCAGGCUGAGGCUCCAGGGCUCGGACUGGACAUGCAACACCAGGACCCACAGGACUAUGACAUCACGCUGAUGAGCUCUCGCACCAAGAGGGAAGCAGAGGCAGCAGCUGGGAAAUUACUCCACCCCCGCCCAAAGCCACACCAGGGAAAGAUGUCUCCUAUAGGGAACACUGGAGAACCUGAGGUGGUUCGGGCUAAAAGACAGCUACAAAAAAAAAGCUGUCCAAACAACCAUCCAGACCAGGACGAAACAGUUUAGUUGGCUCAAUGGGUCCCACAGCGAGCAUCAUUCAGGAGCGAAGAGACACAGCAAACGAUGAUGUGUACUGAUGAACGAAGGACAAAGUGAACAGUCUGUCACGAUGAAUACCGUCUGAUUUCAUUAUCAUGAAAUGAUUUUAUCUAAACAUGAUUUACAUGUAGCUUCACAAUAUGCAUAGCAGAGAGUAAGAAGGCUAUUUUGACAUGAAAGAGUUGAACAUACAGGAAAUGUAUACGUUAAUAAUAUCUUUUCUUUUGUUAAUCAUUUCCUUUAAUAAACCACCACUGUACUCUUUCUGUAUAUUUUAGUUGUUAUAAAAUUUGGUGCAUUACCAACAGAGGCCCCCAGGCGGCAGCACUUAUCCAUGCAGUCUUAAAUGUAAGCCACGUGCCUUUGUUAUAGUCCUCCUCAGAACUAUAAUACAAUAAAAUCUAACAUCAGCUGAAAUCUGCUGUCUCAAAUAAUUGUGACGUGUUACUUUCAUGAAUCUGACAGAAUUAAAAGCUGGACUACUCUAUGCUUGUGAUGCUGCAGUUUACAGUGCUAAUAGUUGUUUGCUGGCCUCCUUUUAAUGUGUUGGUGAUGAGCUGUGUUUUUUGUGAGAAAAACUGUCAUCACCCUGGUGUCUGGGUGGUGCAGACGGAAAAGCAGAGCUCAGCCUAAAAACAUUUACACAACAGUGCGCCGCAGCCAAGAAAUAAAUCACCACGCCAGCAGACGGAAUUUUACUCACUUCCCUCAUGAUAAAAACACUUACCACCAAAUAGAAACAGAAAGCACAAAAAUCAAGCAUGUCAGUUACGGUUACUGUGUUUUCUAUGCAUAGUUGUACCUCAGUGAAAGGCUGGCCUGAUAAAAAGAGGAUUAACAAUGCCCAUUUCAUUUUCGAUGCUAUCAAAGUAAAAAUGUCUUGAAACACAAUGAAAGCUAAUUUACUUGAGCACAUUCUAAACUUUAGGAUUUUAUUUGAGGCUCGUAUAUGAAUUCUCAACUUUUUCAAGGCCACACUGGCCCUGUAACAAGAGCUGCAGCUCAGAUCUCAUACUAUUAUACUAAAUACUACGUCCAAAUAAGUACACCUCUAUUAGCUGUACAUUCAUUAAUAUAUAUGUAUAGUGUAGUAACAUGAGGUUUAAGAUGCAGCCAAAACAAACUUAGAAAACCACAAACCUUAAAACUUCUAAGCAACUUUAGAAAAACAGCCCAGUCACUUGAGCGUACAUACAUGCACGACAAAAGCCCCACCCACUCCCUCUCCCUUUACUUUGAUAGUGUUCAGGUGCCUAGUUUAAUCACUGCAUGUAGUUUCCAUGAAAGAUGGUAAAUGAAAAGCCUAUGAACAAAGGUAUUCUUAUUCCUCAGUUUUUCAGUUCUGUACUAAAAACGUUACACUCUUCCUGGUAAAUAAGAAAGACACUUGUCCUGCACAAGGCUGACCAAAACAGCAUCUGUUAGCUGACAUUACGGAAAAAGCUGUCAGCGUGUUCCUCCAAGCAUGUCGAGUUGUUCAAUGAUGUUGCAUUAGUGCCAAUAAAUGCAUUUGGUGGCUUCACAUGUCUUGGAGAUGCCUGCUUCACCUCAAGACCUAGCUAGCUAGCAGAUGGGAAUUGACCAUGACUAAACUGUGGGGGAAACUGAGUAAACAUCAUCAACAUUAGAACAGAUACAAAUAAAACAUAAACAACACUUUGUGACCUUUUAUGUGCGAUUGUGUUGGCUUAACCCUUUCCAAAGCAAUAUUUGAGGAAGCCCAGAAUUUACAGUUACCAAACAAAACCUGCUUGAGCUAAUCAAUCCUUCAUGAAGUUAUUCUUCAAUAAAGGGACACUUCUGAUGAAAUAUUGUGAAGGUGGGAGGAGCUUUGAGAAACUAAAAAUGCUUUGGGGUAGAUUUUUGGAGUUGGGCCGUUUGAAAUACGUGUUCUAGUUUCCAAUCAUUAACCUUCUGUGUUUACUUUAAAUAUCCCUUUAAAUUAUAAUUAUAUCAAGUGUGCUGCUGGGGGUGUUUAACAACUCCAUACCUUGGCUGGAGUGCAGCAAGAAAUCAGGCUUCCGCACCCAUGCUUAAACUUUUGUGGAAAUGAAUGCAAUGCAUUAUAUGGAGAAGUUGUAUUUUCCCGUAUUUUACCGAACGUUUGCGACAUUCAUUCAACACUCACAAGUGUGUAAUGAACUCGUGGCAGAAAAAGACAAACGACUGAGGGCGAAACUCUCAAAAUAAAAGUGCUGACAGAAAAGACGAGUGUCAUAAGCUGUAACUGACAGCAGUUUGCGCAGAGCUGUGCAGCCGUUGCUGCCUGUGCUCUCUUGGCAAUGAACCCGACAGUGUUGUACUUUCAACUUUUAUCAGAUGAAGUUUGUUUUUCUUCUUGGCAGAACAUCAUCUAAGGGGACCUGGCACAUACAAUCGCAGCAGUAAAAACUAAACAGUGCUGUAAUCACUGUCGGGUAAACAAGCGCGUUGUCACCCACAGAAGGCAGAAGGCGCGCUUGUGAAGCUCCACAGCAACUUCAAAAUGACCACCAACACUCAGUGCACGUUUCACACAUAUAAAACAUACGCACAUUGAACACCGUGCAUACAGCAGACAAGGCCGGGCCUCUUUGCAAUGCUUUUAUAGCACUUGACAUUUUGAAGGUGGUUGCCCUCCCUUCCCCCCUCCCUCCCUUCCUUUUCUCUUUCUUUUUCUCUCUCUCCUAAACACUGAGGUGUUCACUCUCUGCAGGCUGUUCAAAAGGACGAGCGAAUCCUCUCUGCCUCCUCAUACAGCUAAGGGAUAAGCAAAUCUAGGAGGAAACAGACGUGAACUCGCUUCCAGAACUUUAGGAAAGCAUCUUCCCAUAACAUCUGAUGAAAGGAUAGACAGAGAAAUUUUUAUAUUGGAAGGAAAAUGGCCCACGUGGAUGAAGAAUACUAUGAUUAUGAAAACGUCAGCUACAGCUUCAGCUAUGAUGACUACCAAACCAUCUGUGAGAAGCACGAUGUCCGCUCAUUUGCAAAGAUCUUCGUACCAGUCAUGUACGGGUUGUGUCUAGUGGUGGGUAUAGCUGGGAAUGUCCUGGUAGUGGCUGUGUAUACUUGCAGCAAGCGUCUGAAGACACUGACAGACACAUUUCUGGUUCACUUGGCUGUGGCUGAUAUACUGUUGCUCCUGACUCUGCCCUUCUGGGCGUCGGCUGCUGUGCAAGGCUGGGAGCUUGGGAAUGUUCUCUGCAAGCUGGUCACUGCCUCAUAUACUAUCAAUUUCACCUGUGGCAUGCUGUUGCUAGCGUGCAUUAGCCUGGACCGAUAUUUGGCUCUAACACCAGGCCUGAGGGAAGGGGGCCUGGGGAAGGCUUUUAGGAAGAACCACUCAGCAAAGCUUUGCAUAGUUGUAUGGACAAUUGCUUUGCUUUUAGGAAUUCCAGACUUGGUGCUUUCCACGGUCAAGGAAUUCUCUGAUAGGAAGAUGUGCAUUCCUGUUUAUACAUCAGACAUGGCCUUCCAAGCUAAAGUCAGUAUGGAAGUACUAGAGAUACUGCUUGGCUUUUUGGUGCCAUUGAUCGUCAUGUUGUAUUGUUAUGCCCAUGUGGCUCGGACUUUGCUGAAGCUGCCUCCAGAGAACAGGGAGAAGAGGUGGAGACCCAUCCGAGUCUUACUGGCCGUGGUCCUGUCCUUCGUUCUUACGCAGCUGCCCUACAACGCCGUGAAGUUCUAUCGGGUGCUGGACGUGACGCAUGUGCUGGUAACCCACUGUGGGGUCAGUAAAGCACUGGACCGGGCCGCGCAGGUCACAGAGAGCCUGGCCCUGACCCACUGCUGCCUGAACCCAGUGCUGUAUGCCUUCAUUGGCUCAUCCUUCAGACAGCACAUAAUGAAGUUUGCCAAGAGCUAUGGUCAGAAGAGGAGGUCGGGACAGCGGAGAGAGUAUCAAGGAACGGAGAUCGCCUUCAACACAAACUCAAACUCCCAGGAGAUACACUCCUUCUCCAUAUGAGAGACAGAAGUUGAGAGGGCCAAUAUUCUACAUUUUUCUUGUACUGUAUUUUUCCCCUUUCACUUAUUCCAUGACUUGGCGGCCAUUUGUGUGUCACUGGUAUUACCUUUACAAAUGUACGUGAAAAGGGAAGUUAAAAGACAUUUUAACAUUGAUGUGUAUAUUUCAGAUAAAUGACUUCAAAAAAUAAUAAAACCUAUUUAAAAAGC